GUAAUGGCUCCUAUUCCCCAAAAUGUGAAAGAUCAACAAGUCAUUGUUACAGAAAAAUGGAAGGAUGACGAUUCCUAUUAUCAAGAAACUCACAGCUUCCCUUCAAUGAUGGAAAGGGUAAAAAGCCAGCACUACGUGACCUUUGUUGGUGUUUCAGGGUCCGGGAAAUCAGCCACAGCUCAUCACAUCGCCCUCAAACUCAAAGAGGAAGACAUAUGUAACGAGGUUGUACCGAUUACAGAAAUCAGAGAGAUCAAGGAUUAUUGUGACACGCAGAAUCCUCAGGUUUUUGUCAUUGAUGACGUGGUCGGUAUUCAUGGCCUUCAGAAAACAUACUUUGAUCAUUUGGAAAAAUAUGAAAAAAACAUAAUAGAUCCACCCAUGAGUAAAUCUAAAAUCUUAAUGACAUGUAGAGAGGUCGUGUUCAAUGAGGCAUUGUCAUAUUAUUCCUUCUUCACCAAAGAACAAAAUGUAAUAAAGCUGCAUGACUCAGAAAAUAAGUUAGAUGAAAAUGAUAAGAAGUUGAUACUUCAAAAAUACGGUUUAGAUGUUGAAUUCCUGUUAUCAUCGCUGGAAUCAGCAUCUCGUAUGUUUCCUGUUCUUUGCAAACUUUAUUCAAAAGAAGCAAAAUUCCGACGUUUUGGUUCGAAUUUUUUUAUCUCACCAGUUCCUUGUAUUCUUGAGAGAUUUGAUGAAAUGCAAAGACGGAACCCACUUAAUUAUGCAUCUCUUGUCUUGUGUAUGCUAAAUGGAGCUCUCAUCUCAGAAAGUGCUUUCGAAAACAAUGAGAAUGCAUUUUUUAAUAACAUCAAAAGAAAUGUUUUAAAAAGCUGUAAAAUAGAAAGCAGUACAGAUGCAUUCAAAUUUAUCGAUGCUUUGUCAGCCAUGGAGGGGACAUACACAAAAAAAAGGGGCAAUGAGUACAUUUUUAUACAUGACUCCAUCUUUGACAUUUGUGCAUAUCACUAUGGUCAACAAUUUCCAGAGCAAAUGUUGGAGUUUAUGGAUAGUAGCUAUAUUGCUUAUUACGUGAAGCCCAGGAAAAGUGAAGAAAGCAAUGAAAUAAAAAUUGAAGAUUCUCUUUCAGAUGAGAAUGAUGACAAAAGCAGUGAGAGAGAGGAUAUAGUAGACCUGCGUAUAAGUUUAAGAGAGGAUCAGUAUCCAAUGUUAGCAAAGAGAUUGUACAAGGAUGUAGAGGAAAUGAAGUUUUCCAUUGUAUUUAGAAAUGAUGCUUUAAAACAUCCUCGUGUAUACAAGGCUUUCAUUGAUAUGAUAAAAGAAAAAGCCUACAGAGAUAUGAAAUCAUUAUUUCUGCACAAAAAAGAAUCUAAAAGGAUUAAUUAUUUCAUACAAUUGUAUUUAAUGAACUAUUGCGAUGGUAUUGAUAUGCUGAUGGAUAUAAGGGAUUCCCCAAACGAGGGUAAAACAUUCAUGGUGAGAGUGAUUAGUUGGGUGAUUUACUAUGGGCAUCAUGACAUCCUGCAAUAUAUUAUAGCACAAACUCAACAACACGGUGAGACACAGUCUGAGAUAUUUCAUAACAACACAGAAACUAUGCAUUUAUCACCUGAAGAGAAAAGAGAGGAAGCACGUUUAUUCCUUUUGGGUUGUUACAGUGGUGAUCCAGAGACUAUAGAUAUAUUAUUUCCACAUGUCAGUAAAAACACCAUCACCGUGCAACAUCCUGAUUUCAACAUUUCGCCGUUGACAGCUGCAUGUGACAGAGGAUAUGUCCACAUUGUGGAGAAACUGAUAAAGGCGGAUACCGAUGUUAAUUUACCUUCUGAAGGAGGUACACCACUAGUGGCAGCAUGUUCUAAAGGACAUGUGGACAUUGUGGAAAAACUGAUAAAUGCAGGGGCUUCUGUCAAUUUACCUUUUAAAGGGAUUACACCACUUUUAGCAGCAUGUGAUGGAGAACAUGUGAGCACUGUGGAAAAGCUGGUAAAGGCAAGGGCUGAUGUCAAUGUAUCUUCUGCCGAAUCUACACCACUACUAACUGCAUGUAGAAAUGGAUAUGAGAGCAUUGUAAAAGAACUGGUGAAGGCAGGGGCUAAUGUCAAUUUACGUUUUAAAGGAGAAACACCACUAUUCGCAGCAUGUAUAGAAGGACAUGCGAGCACGGUGGAGAAGCUGGUUGAGGCAGGGGCAAAUGUCAAUUUACGUUCUAAUGGGGAUACACCACUUUCAGCAGCAUGUAGAGGAGAACGUGUGAGCAUUGUGGAGAAGCUGAUUAAGGCAAAGGCUGCUGUCAAUUUGCCUGGUAAAAAAAGACGUACACCUCUGAUAGUUGCAUGUUAUAGAAGACAUGUGGGCAUUGUGGAGAAGCUGGUGAACGCAGGGGCUGAUGUCAAUUUAUCUUCUAAGGAAUGUACACCACUAGAAGCUGCCUGUAGAGGAGGACCUGAGAGAAUUGUGGAGAAACUAGUGGAUAAAGGAGCUGACGUCAAUAAUGGAGUAACAUCUUCACCAUUGAUUGUUGCUUGUGAUAUGGGACAUACAAAUAUUGUGGAAAAGCUUUUGAAAGCGGGGUGUAAUGUCAACAUAAAGGGAGAGCCGUUCAUCGAUAGAUUUUUGCCUGAUUUUAAAAUAAAAAAGGGUGGAAAUUACUAUUUCAUACCAGAUGAUGGACUGCCAGUUGCUUUGUUUAAAGUACUCAUUAAUAACAAUCACAGCAUAGGGAAAUUAUUGAUUCAAGAAGAGAAUAAAAGAAAAUUAAAUAAGGGUAAUUUCCACCUUUUUGAUAUUUUGCAAGCAAUAAGACAUGCUGAUGUUAGAAUGAAUUUUACUGAUGAUGCAAUUAUUGGAAAAACACAUGUUUGGAAUGUGAGAAGGUAUGGAUAUUUGUUGAAGAAAAUACUUGAAGGAGAUUGUGAUAAACUGACACACCUCUUAAGUAUUGGGAUGCAGGUAAAUCAGCUGAUACAAACCAAAGAGAAUUUUGUGAGACCUCUGCUACAUUUAUUGAUCGAUGAAAAACAUAUCAUGCACAGACAAGAAAAAAUAAGGAUCUUACUAGAAGCGGGGGCGCGUGUCAAUGGCUUAGUAAAGUAUAAAAGAAAUAUUUACGGGAACAAGUAUCCCUAUCCUCGGGCAAGCAAACUCCAGAGAAUUUGUCCCUUACAAAGAAGAGAAAACUAUAAGUUCAAUUUGGACAAGGGAGGCAUAUCAGCUAUUGAGAGAACAAGUCAAUUGAUAGCCGGGUACAGCGAAGGUAAUGACUCGUUUGAUUGUAUGCAAAAGUCCGUGUGCCAGAGUGUGAUGUGCGAGUUUAGAAAACAUGUCAGAAGAUAUUCCGAAUCAGACUUAUAG